UGUUGUUUCGUCGAGUUUGUCACCGUGGGAGUGAAAUUAACGGAGUGUUCGUCCCCCGAUAGUAAUCCUUUGAGAAUCAUGCCGCUGAUAGUAAUGGCUCGUGUUAAAGACGGUGAUGGUUUGGUAUACGAGUCGACGGAGAGGCGUCGGAGAGAAGAAACCGCCGGAGAAGAACCACCAACAAAUGCUUCGAAGUUUGAGACUCCAAAAGGAUCCGCGGAGAUGGAAGUUGAUCUGAUAGAACCACCAACAGAUGCAUCGAAGAUUGAGAGUCGGAAAGGUACCGCCGACAUGGAAGAGGAUUCCGAGAGUAAAAAAGAAACUCCGAAAGAAACUACAAUCGAUAAGACCGAGUUGGCCCGAGAGGCUGAGCGAGAGAAUGAUCCAACAGAAGGAGUUGGUGGCUUGAAUGGUUCAGGAGAAGCGUCCAUAGACGCAGUAGAAGGAAGAGAUGGGCCAGAAGCAGAAGAACCUCUCAGAGAAACGGAAAAUGUAAUUGUAAUGGAAAAAGGGAUAGUCUCCUCACGAAGCGUCGCAUGCGUCAGCAGCAGCAGCCUCCCAGAGCUGGCCUCGACGAAUGUUGCCGUCAUUGAGAAAGAUUGGAACGACGGGAAAAGAUUAACAACGAGAUUUAUUACCAUGUCCUUCUUCACAUGUAAUGCCUUCUGCUUCUCCAUGAGAUAUUGGUGCACCUUCUCUUGUUCCAAUUCGGGCUUCUAGAUCAUCUAUCAGAUCCUCAAGCUCUAGGUAUGGUGGAAGAUCCAAUCAACCUGCAUAUUCUAUGGAAGGUGAUCUGAAAAAUGAGUGUUGCUCUGUCAAAGAUAGAGAAUAAGUGGAAGGAAGAGCUUGAUCAAGAACUAGAAAGAAAGCGCACAAGUCAAGUCUUUUUUGUGACAAUCGUGAUUGUACACUACACGUACUUGUGAAUUAAGAUUGCACAUGACUUAUGUUUUUUUUAUUUCAUUUCUGUAUUUUGUUGUGUUGUAGAUUAAGAACAUAUUACUACAUGUUUUUGUAAACUAAAAAAAGAUUUAGAUUAUAUUUAUGUUAACUUGGUUUUGUA